CCUCAUGUCUCAACACAGGAAGUCCAUGUUUAAGGACCUAGAGGAAGACAUGGACCUUACGGGUAGAAGACAAAAACAUCUGAGCUGAGUGAGCUGUGACUUACACCUAAAAUGAGUCUCUCUGGGGAAAGAGAGGAGGGGAACACUGCUUCUAAAAUGAGUCUAUAUGGGGAGAGAGAGGAGGAGACCACUGCCUCUAAAAUGAGUCUAAUUGGGGAAAGAGAGGAGGGGAACACCGCCUCCAGAAUUACCCAAGACAACAGUUCGAAGAGUGUCCAGAAGCCCAGAGCAGAGUCACCUACAACCAGCCUGCUAUCAAUGAGGAGUGAUCAGCCACCUGCUUUCAGCCAGGAACCAUUACCAGAUGACAAUAAGGAAGUGGAGAGUUUGGACAGUGAGGAUGCAUUAAAGAUCACACACAGCCUUCUGGACAGAAGAAGUCAAACUCUGCUGACAGUCCAACAAGAGAUUAAGGCUAAACUGAAACACAAGUAUCAACACAUAUCUGAAGGAAUUGGACACCAUGGAAACCAAAGUCUGUUCAAGGACAUCUACACAGAGCUCUACAUCACAGAGGGUGGAGGUGGAGGGCUCAAUAAUGAACAUGAGGUUAGACAGAUAGAGAUGGCAUCCAAGAAACAAACCACACAAGAGACACCAAUCAAAUGCAACGACAUCUUCAAGCCUUUACCUGGACAAGACAAACCAAUCAGAACUGUGCUGACCAAAGGAAUCGCUGGUGUUGGAAAAACAGUCUCUGUGCAGAAGGUCAUCCUUGACUGGGCAGAGGGAAAAGCAAAUCAGGACGUUCAUUUCAUGUUUCCUCUUCCUUUCCGUGAUCUGAACCUGAAAAAGGACCAAUACAGUCUGAUGCAACAUAUUUCCCACUACUUGUCAGAGCUGAAAGAGAUUGACAGCAUUGAAGAUGGUGAAACCAAAACUGUUUUCAUUUUUGAUGGUCUGGAUGAGUGUCGACUUCCUCUAGACUUCAAAAACAAUGAAAAGUGCUGUGAUGUCACGAAGCCAACCUCAGUGGACGUGCUGCUGACAAACCUCAUCAAGGGCAAUCUGCUUCCCUCUGCUCUCCUCUGGAUAACCUCACGGCCUGCAGCUGCCAAUCAGAUCCCUCCUGAGUGUGUUGACCAGGUGACAGAGGUACGAGGGUUCAAUGAUCCACAGAAGGAGGAAUACUUAAGGAAGAAAAUCAAAGAUCAGAAUCUGGCCAAUGAAAUCAUCAAACACAUGAAGACCUCAAGGAGCCUCCACAUCAUGUGCCACAUACCAGUCUUCUGUUGGAUAUCAGCCACUGUCCUUGAGAUGAUGCUGAAAGAGGCAGAGAAGGAUGAAGUCCCCAAAACUUUGACCCAGAUGUACUCACACUUCAUUCUCAUCCAAAUCAUUGUGAAGAACAGAAAGUACAACAAAGCCACAGAGACAAACCCAAAGGAACUGUCUCAGUCAGACAAAGAGAUGAUCCUGAAACUGGCCAAGCUGGCUUUCCAACAGCUGCAGAAGGGUAACCUGAUCUUCUAUGAGGAUGACCUGAGAGAGUGUGGCCUUGACGUCACAGAGGCAUCAGAGUACUCAGCAUUGUGUACAGAGAUCUUUAAAGAAGAAUCUGGGCUGUACCAAGACAAGGUCUACAGCUUUUUGCAUCUGAGCAUUCAGGAGUUUCUAGCAGCAGUGCAUGCUUUAGAAUCAUGUCUGGACAAGAAGGAAAAUGUUUUCUCCCCCAAAGCAGUCACUGGUGUUGAUGAUGAUGAUGAGGAGGAGGAAGAUGAGGAAGAUGAGGAGGAAGAUGAGGAGGAAGAUGAGGAGGAGAAUGAUGAUGAGGAGGAGAAGGGAGAGGAUGAAGAAGAGGAGGUGGAGUCAAUCCAGUUGUCUGACUUACACAGGACAGCAGUGGACCAGGCCUUGAAGAGUGAGAAUGGACACCUGGACCUGUUCCUCCGCUUCCUCCUGGGUCUCUCACUGGAGUCCAAUCAGAAUCUGUUACGAGGCCUUCUGACACAGACAGGAAGUACAACACAGACCAAUGAGGAAACAGUUAACAGAACAGUCAGUUACCUUUCAGACAAGAUCAAGGAGGAAUCCUCACCAGAAAGGAUCAUCAACUUGUUCCACUGUCUGAAUGAACUUGGUGCCAACUCUCUAGUUGAAGACAUGCAGAACUCCCUGCAUUCAGGAACUCUUUCAGAAACAAGACUAAAACCUGACCAAUGUUCAGCCCUGGCCUACCUGUUACUGAUGUCAGAGGAGGUGCUGGAGAAGUUUAAACUGAAGAGAUACAACACAUCAGAGAAAGGUUAUCAGAGGUUAAUGCCGGUAGUGAAAACCUGCAAGAGAGCACUACUGGAUGGCUGUAAACUCACAUAUAAAUCCUGUGAGACUCUGGUCUCAAUUCACCAGACACCAAACUGCCCUCUGAGAGAACUGGACCUCAGCUACAAUGACCUGGAAGACAGAGGAGUGAAGCUGCUCUGUGUUGGACUAACCAAUCCACUCUGCAACAUACAGACACUAGUACUAGCCGGCUGUAACCUCACAUAUGAAUCCUGUGAGACUCUGGCCUCAGCUCUGCAGACACCAAACUCUCCCCUGAGAGAACUGGACCUCAGCUACAAUGACCUGGGAGACAGAGGAGUGGAGCUGCUCUGUGUUGGACUAACCAGUCCACUCUGCAACAUACAGACACUAGUUCUUGGUCAGUGUGGUCUGACAGAGGGUUGCUGUUCAGAUCUGGCCUCAGUCCUGAGUUCACCCAACUCACAACUGAAACAACUGGAGCUGAGAGACAAUGACCUGCAGGACUCAGGAGUUACACUGCUGUCUGCUGGACUGAAGGAUCCAGACUAUAAACUACACACACUGGGGCUGUCUGGCUGUCUGGUCACAGAGGAGGGCUGUGCUGCUCUUUCUUCAGCUCUGACGUCAAACCCCUCCCACCUGAAAGAGCUGGACCUGAGCUACAAUCACCCAGGAGACUCUGCAGGGGGACUGCUUUCAGCUGCUCUGGUGGAUCCCACAUAUAAACUGAUGAAUCUGAAUGUGGAUCAUGGUGGAGAGUGCAGGCUGAAAUCAGGGCUGAGGAAAUAUGCCUGUUUUCUCACCCUGGACCCAAAUACAGCAAACCCACACCUGAUACUGUCUGAGGGGAACAGGAAGGUGACAUGGGUGUUGGAGAAGCAACAUUAUGAAGACCAUCCAGACAGAUUCGAUUGUCUUUUCCAAGUUCUCUGCAGAGAAGGCUUAUCUGGAGGUCGUUAUUACUGGGAGGUGGAGAUGGACGGUGACCAGAUUUACAUCGGUGUGGUGUACAAAGGAAUGAAGAGGAAGGGAGAUGAGGAUGACAGUUGGCUUGGACUCAAUAGGAAGUCCUGGUGUUUAUUCUGCUCUGAUAGUGGUUAUGACUUUUACCAUCCCGGAGUCAGUGUCAGAAGAUCAAUCUCUGAUCCUGUUCCUAGCAGAGUUGGAGUGUAUCUGGACUGGUCAGCUGGUACUUUGUCCUUCUAUAGUGUGUCCUCCUCUGGUACACUGACACACCUUUACACAGAACACACCAGAUUCACUGAACCCCUCUAUCCUGGGUUUGGGUUUGAGGUUUCCUCCUCCUCAGUCACUCUGUGUCAGAUAGACGAUCAACACAAUCAAAGCGACCAUGGUGGAGAGUGUUGGAUCAAGCCUGGACCUGAGACAUGGAUUCCUCAGAGCUGUAAGACUUGUGACCAUGUUGAGGACUCCACACACUGGCUUCAGAUUGAACCCUUGACUUCCACUGUCCAGGGAGUGACAAUGUUCAGGCACAGGACACCCAGAGGGAGUUAUGAGUGCACAGUGUCUGGGCUCCGCUGGCUGUGUGAGAGAGAUGUCAUUCUGAAGUAUCACUUCAGGAACUGGGAACCCUACAGUCAACUUCUGAAAGACAUGCAGUACACUCAAGGUGGUCCAUUGCUGGAUAUCACUAUGGAGUUAGGUGAACUGGAGGAAGUUCAUCUGCCACACUUUGUCUGUUUAGGGACCAACCCUUCCCUGAGGAAUGAGAUGAAGAUUCUUCAUGUAGAGGAACAUGGAGUAUCUUUAGAGAAAGUGCAUGAGGUCACCAGAUUCCAUGCUAAGAUUCUCCAUCCCAAGUUCUCAGCUAUCUCUGUUAUACUGAGCUAUAUCCUUUCUUGGAAUGUAGAUGUCCACUGUGAGCUGAUGCUCUAUCUGACAGUGAAAAGGGAAACAUUAAUUCCACGCCUGUACCUGUUCCCCAGUAACCCCGGCCAGAUACAGGUGAGGUAUCAUUAUUAUAGAGAUGACCUUAACUAA